AUGGAGCCUGCUGACCAAACACAACCCAUGGCGGUCACGCCCAAGCAUGAUCUCAAGAACGGCGCUUCGGCUGCUGCCAACGAUGAAGAGCAUCCGUCCAAGAAACCAAGAUUAGAAAGCGCCUCUAUUACCGAGCAGGAAGUCAGCAAUGGCGCUCCCAAGCGCGUGAAGGGCGUGGCCCCAGUCAAGGCUGAGUUCAUAGUUCAGAAAUCCGUGCGGUCAGAGCCCGUUGAAGAGAGCGCGGUCAGUGCCGACGAUGCGGCCGAAGCCGCUCCUCACCAGGAACGAGAGGGCGAUCAAAAAGGAAAGAAAAAGUUCUCCGGUCAGAACAAGGGGCGCGAUUUCGGAAAGUCUGAAGAUGCGAAAGGUCUUUGCCCGUCAAGAGCUUUCAGUCCGGAAUUUUCGCCGAAGGAAUGCAAGUUCGGCGAGAAGUGCCGCUUUGAACACGAUCUGCGAAAGUACCUGAAGGAGCACAAGCGGGAAGAUCUUACAACUUUCGGUGGCAUCUGCCCGAUAUGGGAUGCCAAAGGCAGAUGCCCAUAUGGGUUCAAAUGUCGUCUUGCGGGCUCCCACAUGACUGAGCGAGAUACUUCUGAUGGGAGAAAAGAGCUGAUCCUACUCGAGGAUGAAGAGCGCAAGAAGAAAGCCCAACCGCUUGUUCCAUAUGCAUCAGAAGACGGCGUUGUGAACAUCGUUUCGAACGAGGAUAAGGUUGCGGUAGCCCGGAGAAAGAUCAAGACUCCGAGAUCUGACGCAUACUUAACCUGGCUCGAUAAGAUGUCGAAGGCACUGGAGAAAAACCUUCAUGGUCGGCAUUUGGAAGAGGGUGGAGCCGACGAAGCAACUGGUGAUCAAACCAAGGAUCAAAUUGAAGAGGCCCGAGCAGCCUAUGUCGAGCCGCCAUUCCUUCCCUCAGAGAAGCGACGCAUCUACUUUGGCCCAGAAACUCCUGCACUAGCGCCUUUAACGACACAAGGAAACCUCCCCUUCCGAAGGCUGUGUAUAGAUUAUGGUUGCCAAUUCACUUAUUCUGAAAUGGCCAUGGGCAUGUCUUUGAUUCAAGGACAAAAAUCAGAAUGGGCUCUGAUGAAAGCGCAUGAGUCCGAAGCGCUUCCGCCCACAAUCUCAUCGACAGCCGAUGUUGUACAGGGUUAUGACAACUCCAAGGAUCUCAAAUUCGGUGCUCAAAUUGCAGCCAACAAGCCUUGGCAUGCGAUCAAAGCUACGGAGCUGUUGGGGCGCCUGACCCCUAAUCUGCGUGUCAUUGACCUGAACUGCGGUUGUCCUAUCGACCAAGUUUAUCGCGAAGGAGCAGGUUCCGCGCUCCUUGACCACCCCUCGAAACUAGAGAAGAUGCUUCGUGGUAUGAAUGCUGUUUCGGAAACGAUUCCUAUCACAGUCAAAAUUCGCACGGGAACAAGAGACAACUCUCCGAAUGCUACGAAACUCAUUGAGCGUUUGGUUCUUGGAGGUCAUGAAUCUAGCAUGCUGAAUGUCGGCCCUCCUGGUGUCGCAGCCAUUACCCUCCAUGGACGAAGCAGACAGCAGCGAUACACGAAGUCGGCGGAUUGGAGCUACAUCGCUGAAUGUGCCGCACUCAUCAAACGACUGAACGAGAAGACAGAUGAUGUGGCGGAUACUGUUCGAGAACCAGAUGAACGUAUGCUGCCAAACGGUGGCAAGGUCUUCUUCCUCGGAAAUGGAGAUUGUUACUCCCACCAUGACUACGACGAUCAUAUCAACAAUGCCGGAGUAGAUGCCGUCAUGGUCGGUCGAGGAGCAAUCAUCAAGCCAUGGGUCUUCGAGGAAAUUCAGGCAGGUCAGUACCUCGAUAAGUCAGCCACCGAAAGAUUGGCCAUGGUCGAGAAAUACGCCAAGUACGGCCUAGACACCUGGGGCUCGGAUGAGCAUGGCGUUGGUACGACGAGACGUUUCAUGCUGGAAUGGCUGAGCUUCACUCAUCGCUAUGUCCCGAUCGGACUGCUCGAGUACCUUCCCCCUCACAUUCAAGACAGACCUCCUUCUUGGAGAGGCAGAAAUGAAUUGGAAACCCUCCUGGGCAGUUCCAGCUACAAAGACUGGAUUAAGAUCACGGAAAUGUUCCUUGGUCCAGCACAUAAAGAUUUCAAAUUCGAGCCGAAGCACAAGUCUAACGCCUAUGAGCCGCAGGGUUAA